AGAGCGCUGUCAUUUGUUUCCCAGCCGGAGUGUUUUUCCUGUGACACCUUUCAUUUCUCCAGAACAGUUGUGUUUUCGCUCCAACAUGUCGAGUUCCUACAAAAACAGGAUUCAGGAGUUUAAGACGGCGCUGAGCGAGGAGAAGCUGGACCUGAAGGCACUACGGGAGCUCUGCUUCGCUGGAAUUCCUUUCGAGGGGGGGAUUCGCUCUCUGUGCUGGAAGAUCUUGUUGAACUACCUGCCCCUGGACCAGACAUUAUGGGACUCGUUCCUGAAGAAGCAGAGGGAGAUUUAUUCCCAGUUUCUAAAGGAGAUGAUCAUCCAGCCGGGAAUCGCUAAAGCUAACCUGGGUCUCUCCAGAGAGGACGUGACCAUGGAGGAUCACCCUUUAAAUCCAAACCCUGAGAGUCGAUGGAACAACUACUUUAAGGAUAAUGAGGUUCUGUUACAGAUCGAUAAAGACGUCAGGCGUUUAUAUCCUGACAUGGCGUUCUUCCAGAGACCCACAGAGUUUCCCUGUCAGCUGAUCCUCGACUCACAGAAUGAGUACGAAACUCUGCGCAGACGCGUAGAACAAACCACACUUAAAGCUCAGACUGUCAACCGCAACCGCAGCGGAGUCACCAAUGUGAGUUCUCCUGGCAAGGCACUGAACCUGUACCCAUCCAACGAGUACGAGGUUUUGCCGAACGGCUGCGAGGCGCACUGGGAGGUUGUGGAGCGAAUCCUGUUCAUCUAUGCCAAGCUGAACCCGGGCAUCGCCUACGUACAGGGCAUGAACGAGAUCGUCGGGCCGAUCUACUACACCUUUGCCACCGACCCUAACACACAGUGGAAAGAGCACGCGGAGGCCGACACGUUCUUCUGUUUUACUAAUCUGAUGUCAGAGAACCGCGAUAACUUCAUUAAGAGUCUGGACGACUCGCAGUGCGGCAUCACGUACAAGAUGGAGAGCGUCUUCUCCAUGCUGAAGGAGAAGGACAUGGAGCUCUACAUGAAACUGCAGGAGCAGAAUAUUAAGCCACAGUACUUUACAUUCCGCUGGCUGACUCUGCUGCUCUCUCAGGAAUUUCUGCUGCCGGAUGUGAUCCGUAUUUGGGAUUCACUUUUCUCCGAUCAGGAUCGUUUCUACUUCCUCAUUAUUGUUUGCUGCGCCAUGCUCACUUUAAUCCGUGAUCAGUUGUUGGCAGGAGACUUUACAACAAACAUGAGGUUACUCCAGGAUUACCCCAUUUCAGACGUACACACCAUCCUGACCAAGGCUAAGGAGCUGCAGGAAGGCUCGUAGCUCACACAUACUCCUCAUCCAGAGAAACCACGGCAACCAGAAUCCACGGCAACAACCAGAGCAGUGCCCCAUUGUGUCCUGGGAAGGAUGUCAUCAUUCUGCCGUUGCAUUAUUGGAAAUUACGAGAGAAAACCUUAAGUCUCAACCUACGGCUCUCUCGUAGUCAGACUCACUGACUGUGUGUGUGUGUGUGUGUGUGUGUGUGUAUGUGUGUGUGUGUGUAUGUGUGUGCUUUUGAUUGCACUGAACACUAAAAGGAUCCGGCUGUGUUCAAACCACUCUCCAAAUCUGCAAUCCAAGUGAAGGGUUCUUAGUGUUUUUUUUCUUUUUUCCUUGUUGUUUUUUUUUUUAAAAACAUUUUACUUUAUAAACGUCUUCUUUUUAUUUUGUUGUUUUUUUACGACGGAUGUUCAUGAUGGAAAGUUAGCAGCAGCAUGUGAUAAUCAUCAGUUAUAAGAUUUUUGAGACAAAAAAAAGAAUGCAAACAAAACACACGUCUAUCUCGACACUCCAGUGUUACUGUUGCUAUGGUUACGUUUUUGGCCGAUUUUAUCUUUCUAGCUGCUCAACAUUUAAACUCUAUGCUAUAAGGCAAUAAGGAAGAAUCAACACAGGGCUGUAAACAGUGUGGUGUUAAGUGUUUCCUAAUAAUGUGUCACCCCACAGAGCUGCUGAGUUCUGAUUGGUCAGAAGGAGUUGAUUAACUUUCUGUAACAGCAGCGCUGACAGUAUCUAAGGUUUAAUAUUAUAGGAAUAUGAAAGCCCCCCUUUCUUAUACGUUAGCGUUUCUAUAGUAACGGCUCAGUCACAGGGACGUAUACAGAGGACACUAAUAAUAAGCCGUUUAAAAAGUGUUAGUUUAACGUUUAUUUUCCAGUGUGAGCAGCGUGUAGAUUUCCCACAUCUUCAGGAGUUUACAGUAAGAACAGGAACAAAUUUUUCCCCGAUUCUCCACAGAUGUACAGGAUUAAGAGUGAGGUGUAAGAGGAAUAAAACACUCAGGACAUGAUGUAAUAGGAAGAUAAUCAGCGUGAUGACAGUAACUCUGCUUCAUCACACAAUCCCCACACUGCUGAGUCACUCAGUGUGACACCGUCAUGGUGAACUGAAUCCUAGGAUAAAGUCAGGAGACGUUCUGAGCGUUAAGUUGAAUACAGGGACGUGUUGAAACAUCCUCGUCCAGAGUAAAGGAUAAAGUAGGAGAGAGGACGGUGUUGUGUGUGUUGGAAUUAUUGUGUUGUGUAAAUUACUGACACAAUUCUGUACGAGCUCGAGGAAAGUCAACACUGUAAAUCUCCAUAUACUCCAUAACCUUUUAUUUUUUUUCAUGUUCUCAUUCCAAGUCCUGCUUUAUGUAUUGUGUGUGUAUGUGUGUAUGUGUGUGUAUGUGUGUGUAUGUGUGUGUAUGUGUGUGUAUGUGUGUGUAUGUGUGUGUAUGUGUGUGUAUGUGUGUAUGUGUGUGUAUGUGUGUGUAUGUGUGUGUAUGUGUGUGUAUGUGUGUGUUUAGUAAACCAAUGAUACCUUUUCCACUGACAUGGAGCCAGUUCUGGUCCAGUUCUCUGAAGUCGUACGUAAUCAUGUGUAGAGCUUAAGAGCGUAAUUUAUUUUAUUUUACAAUUUUAGACCCCUUGAUUAUUUUUAAUGAUUUGAUUGACAGGUGUUAACUCGACCAGUUUCAGACUUUAUCAGUAGUUUUGUUCAGGCUCUGCUACUAGAUUUAAUACCAUAAUUAAUGGUUUAGUGUAACAUUGACUUUAGAUCACUGGUUCUAUUGAAAGAGGCUGGACCUCUAUGUUCCUGCUGGAACAUGGCCAUGGCCUCUGCACCCGUCAGUGCUAAAGGUGGCUUCAUUUGCCUGUCACUCCUAGUAAAGGAGGCGUGGCUAAGGAGAUAGAGGUGUGGCCUCUGUACCUGUCAGUGCUAAAUAAGGUUUAUAGUUUACAGCAAAGAAGAUGUGGCAUGUAUGUCCGUCAGAUCAAAGGAAAGGGGUGCGGACUUUACGAAUGUGAUUAAAGGAGGCGUGGCCUGUUAGUUCCUGUGAAGAAGGUGUGGCUUCUUGAUUAGAACGAGAGAGACUCACUCUUCUGCUGAAUGAGGACGGUUCCAGGUCAAGGUCCAGCACUGUGUCUGUGGAAAAGUGUUAGGAGUUUAUUAACCACCUACUAAUCCUGGUGAUAGAUUAGCAUGGAUGCUAUUUAACCUGCUAAAGUGUGUUUCUCUGCUGCCUCUGAUGCUAACCUUCAACACAGCAUGUACACGUUUACGCCAUUUCUUUCCCUCGUCUCUGAAACGGAACUGAAAAAGACGUAAUGUAGCCGAACUGAUGCACAAAGCGGCAUGUGCUGAUACCUGCCUUCAAAAAAGUGUUAGCAAUAUCACACACAGACAGACAUGACUACAAACUACAAUAUUAUUAUUGUUCUGUUCAGUAAAACUUCUACGUUCUCCACCUUCCUAAUGCCACAGAUUUCAUCUGACUGCCUGAGAUCAUGACUGUCCUGCUUUAGGAGGCCUUAUCAGUGACCUUAAUGUCCAUGAUGAGAAUAUUGCAGUAUAAUCGUGGGGUUGAUUAGACACAUGCUUCUGAAUCACAGUGACACUUUCCAGACUGAUUUAUUAAAUGUUCCACACAAAAAGGGACGAGAAAUGCAGAUUUGCUGAAUGUGUUUCUUUUACCGUAUGAUUUAAGAUGUUUUUGUGAUGCUUUCUGAUGAUUUUAACACUAAAGUGUUGCUUUUGGAAAAUCGA